GGUCAUUAGAGUGGACCGAUCAUUUUGAUUGGAGCUUGGGAUCUUCCACUCUUGACGGUCAUUACCAGCCUUGCUCCGGCCAAAAUUUUCAGGUUUUUAUCCCAAUGUCGACCGCUGAAUUCGCCGUCACGUUCAAGGAAGCCGGUCGAUCCGUCAUCGCCACCCGCCGUCCAUGGCGGGAAUUCCUCGACCCAUUGGCUCUCAGCCUUCCUUCUUCCCUCUCCGACGCGACCUCUCGGAUUUCUCAGAACUUGACCCGUUUCCUUUCCAAUUACUGUCUUGUCCUCUUGCUUCUCAUCUUUCUUGGCCUCAUCUACCAUCCGUUUUCCAUGAUUGUCUUCUUCCUUGUGUUUGUUGCCUGGUACGUCCUUUACUUCUCCCGCGACGACCCACUUAGGGUUUUUGGUUUUGAGUUGGGAGAUUUUGUUUUGGUCAUCAUUCUUGGGUUGGCUACCGGAUUGGCGCUGGCUUUGACAGGGGUUUUCGUGAAUGUGCUGAUUUCGCUUGCCAUUGGGGCCGUGGUGGUUUGUUUGCAUGCGGCUUUGAAGGGCACGGAGGAUGUUCUUGGGGAUUUAUAAGACCCUUUUGGGGAUACGCUGUUGGAGAGCCCGAGAGGCGAUUACAGCGGCAUCUGAUUGAAUAUAUCCAAGAAAAAUCAGAGAAAUGGAAGGGAAGCAUUGCAGCAUGGACUUGUUCUUGUUAUUAUUAUUUUAUUUUGUUUUUUAAUUUUUAAAUAUAAUAUCGUAAUUAUUAUUAUUAUCAUAACAUAUUGGCAAACAAUUCCAGAACCAUCCAUCCCUAUUAAUUUCCUAAAGAUGGGUUAACAUU